GGAAAGAGUCUAGCCUUCUCAGUUCCCAUUGGGCGACGGUACAAGUCACAGUCGACUAUCUCUCCUCGCCGGCAAUAGCGUCAGAAUAAGUCCAGGGUCGCAGGAGGUGGAGGAUGAUGUUGGGAUGGAGGUCGAUGAAACAAACAUUGGUCAUCCUGGCAGUAUUCAUCACGAUGCUGUUGGCUUCGUAUAUCGUCUUCCCUUAUGAGUCAUACGGGCUGAGAGCCGUAAGGUUUUCGAGGGAGCAGCUGGAGUACCUUCGCCUGUACGCCUCAGGUGCGGAGAUUACAGUACCGACGCCCAAGGAGAGGAGCGAGGUCCUCAAGACCCACGUGAAGGACGCCUGUAGGACCCUCAACAUCUCCCUGCCCGUGAACUCCUUCAUGAUGGCCCACAUGCACUACGACGACGACCGCAAGAUCAUCUACUGCUUCAUCCCCAAGGUGGCGUGUACCAGCUGGAAGAGAGUGUGGAUGAAGCUCACAGGGAUAGUAACCCCUGAGACCAACCUCUCUACCAUAGCCAGGUACACAGUACACACCAAACUGCCCCUCCUCGCCUCCGCUAAGGACAAGAGCCUCAAACUCGACACCUACAAGAAAUUUAUGUUCGUGCGGCACCCCUUCGACCGCGUGCUCUCCGCCUACAAGGACAAGCUCGAGAACUUCGACAAGGAGAGCGCCUACAAUUUCCACAAGCAAGUAGGCAAGAAAAUAGAGAAGAAAUACCGGAACACGACCAUGAGCCAAGGUCACAACAUCACGUUCUCAGAGUUCAUCCGCUUCAUCUCUGAGCCCGGAUGGGGCAGCACCGAGCAGCGGAACGAACACUGGAUCUCCAUGCACGAGAUCUGCAACCCGUGCGGCGUGGAGUACGACUUCAUCGGCAAGUACGAGACCAUCAAGGAGGACUCCAACUACGUCCUCGACUGGCUGGGGGUUAAGGACGUUGUCGACGGCUUCCCGUCUUCAGACCGGCCAUUCCACGCGCGUCGCUACGACCCCAAGUACUUCAACCAGCUCGACCAAAAGGCCAAGCUGGAGUUCUUCAGCAAGUACCUCGCGGACUUCUUGGCAUUCAAUUAUGAUUUUUUAGGUGCAAAGUGAUAUAUUUUAACAUAGUUUACGACGCAGCUGUAAAUCUAAUCAAAUGAUUAUCAUGAUGUGGUUGGCUGUUAAGAUGGGGAGGGGGGGGGGUAGUCUGUGUAACCUAGUUGUGCUUGCGGGGGUUGAGCUUCGGCUCUUUGGUCUCGCCCCUCAACUGUCAAUCAAACGAUGUACAGAUUCCUGAGCCUACUGGGUUCUAUCAUAUUUAUAUAUGAAACUGUGUAUGGAGUCAGCCUCCACCAUAUCACUGCCUAAUGCAUUCCAUUUAUUAACUAUUCAGACACUGACAAAAUAUUACUAAUGUAUCUGUGGCUCAUUCGAGUACUCGUUUCCACCUGUGUCCCCUUGUGCAAGUAUCACCUGUGUUAAAUAA